AUGACGAUCUACAUUGCCUCGCUGUUCCUUCCAUACACCGUCAAUUUCGACCUCCAGGAAUCGCGAGACCCCCGGCCCCGCAUCACAAGUUCGCCUUCACCCAAGCCUCCGGUUGAAACCGCAACCCCGGCUCCCAGCACCGGAGUCAGCCUGUUCGAGCAACGGACCACCCCCCAGAAAAUUGGCCUCACGCCGGGCGCCACGACUGAGCAUGAACGUAUCUUUUCGUCCACUCUCGCCAAGGCGGAACAAGAGCAGACCGGGUAUCCGUUCCCCUCCCAGGCAAACGAAACGCAUCUCACGGCAGGGAGCGAAGGUCAUUCACCUGCGUGGGGCUCUACACUGUCCUUGAAUCAGCCGAAACCAAGGACGGCGAUACCCCCGUCGCCGUCGAUUCUCAAGCACCAAGAGCCUAUCGUUCCUGCGCCCGAGCCUCCUCGUGAGAGACCGGCCAGAGAACUACACGCUUCCUCCAUACAACCAAUCCAUUCCCCCACUCGUCGCAGGGACUCAACGCGGAAGUUUUCCUUUUCCGGAGCCCGUUGGACCAUCCAGACGGCUGAACAAGGUAAUGGCGGGCUGCGCAAUGCGGUGCGGUCCGCGACAGAUGCCGGACAGCUGGAGGACCAGGUCUGGGUCGGCACGUUGGGAAUGCCCACAGAUGCUCUAUCUGUGUAUACCAAAGCGUCAAUCGCAGAAAAGCUGCACGAUGAAUAUGGAUCGUUGACCGUCUACGUCAGCGACGGUGAUUUUGACGGCCACUACACCCACUUCUGCAAAACGAUCCUCUGGCCGGUAUUUCACUACCAAAUCCCAGACAACCCGAAAAGCAAAGCCUACGAAGACCAUUCUUGGAUCUACUAUGUGAAGACCAACCAGGCCUUCGCCGAACAGAUCGCGAAAAAUUGGAAGCGCGGAGACUCAAUAUGGGUCCAGGACUACCACUUGCUACUGGUUCCGGCCAUGCUCCGUAAACUUCUGCCAGAUGCCCAGAUCGGAUUCUUUCUUCACAUCGCCUUUCCUUCGUCCGAGGUAUUCCGUUGCCUGGCGCCCCGCAAAGAGCUCCUCGAGGGAAUUUUGGGUGCAAACCUUGUGGGAUUCCAAACUGAGGAGUACUGCCGUCACUUCCUCCAGACGUGCAGUCGCAUUCUCUGCGUUGAGGCCACCAAUGACGGCAUUCAGCUGGAAGAUCGAUUUGUCAAUGUGAACAAGUUUCCCAUUGGAAUUGAUCCCACUUCAUGGGAUAAACGCCGCCAGGCCACCGACGUUGAGCACUGGAUUAAAACAAUUUCGGAACGCUAUGAGGGCAAACGACUAAUUGUUUCUCGUGACAAGAUUGACCAAGUCCGGGGUAUCCGACAGAAGCUUCUUAGCUAUGAGCUUUUCCUGAACACAUAUCCCGAGUGGAGGGACCAGGUCGUGUUGAUACAAGUGGCUACUAGUACGACUGAACAACCGGAGCUUGAGGCGACAAUAUCUGACAUUGCUAUGCGCAUCAAUUCCACACACUCGACGCUCGCGCAUCAGCCUCUUGUUUUCCUAAAGCAGGACUUGGCAUUCCCACAAUACCUUGCGUUGAUCUCCAUUGCUGACGCGCUCAUGAUCACUAGUUUGCGAGAGGGUAUGAAUCUGACGAGCCAUGAAUUCGUCUACUGCCAGGAUGGAAAAUAUGAGACACGAAAAUACGGGUCUUUGAUCUUGAGUGAGUUCACGGGAAGCGCGUCGGUGUUCGGCAAUCAUGCUCUCUUGGUCAACCCUUGGAAUUAUAGACAGUGUGCCGAAGCUAUUCACACGGCCCUUUCCCGGAGUGAAGAGGAACGACAGCAGGUAUGGAUGCAGCUACACCGAGCUGUCCUGGAGAACUCGACCGCAAACUGGGUCAAGUCUUUCAAUGAGACCUUGAGCCGUGUAUGGAAUGAGCAGUCGUCUCGCGAAAUUAUGGCAGUCCCGCGCUUAUCGGUUAGCAAGCUCGAGGAUCUGUAUCGUCAAUCCUCUCGCCGGCUCAUCAUUGUGGACUAUGAAGGUACUCUUGCGUCUUGGGGCUCACCGAAGAGUAUCAUCGUUACCACACCGCAGCGGGCGAUCACCACAUUGACGGAGCUGGCCGACGACCCGAAGAAUGUAGUUUUUGUCAUGAGUUCUAGGAUGCCAGAAGAGAUGGAGCGCCUCUUUCGCAUGGUCGCCGGCCUCGGUCUCAUCGCGGAGAACGGAUGCUUCGUGCGUGAGCCGGGAACCGAGGAAUGGUUCAAGCUGACCAAUAAAGCGCAGACGGAUGCCUGGAAAGAGGCAGUGUGCCAGAUUCUCAGUUACUAUCAGGAACGAGCGGAGGGUAGUUGGAUCGAGCAGCGCCACUGCUCCCUGAUGUUCCACUACGGGACGGCAGAGGAUCAGGUGGCUGCCUCUCGGUUGGCAUCAGAGUGCGCAGGGCACAUCAACGACUCGUGUGCCAAUCAAGGUGUGCACGCUGUUAUGGUCAACGGAGCAUUGAUCGUUGAGCCGGCCGAUACCAACAAAGCGUCGGCCGCGGCCAUGGUCUGGCGACAUUGUCUCGAGCGAAGUGAGCAGGAUCCGACGAUUGAGCGGCCGGAUUUCCUGCUUGUCAUUGGAGAUGGUCGCGACGAUGAGCCGGUGUUUAGAUGGGCUAAUAAACUCGAACACGCCAUUGCGGUGAAACAUGCUAUGACGGUGACCUUGGGGUCUCGAAGCACGGAAGCCAAGGCAACAUUGGCGCAGGGCGUCACAGGUGUUCUUUCUUGCUUGGAGAAGCUGGCUGCCGCCACUGCCACAACCACUGGACCAUGA